UGUAGUUAUUGUCAAAUUUCAACUCCUCUCGGCCCUGGUCUCUACCUUGCCUUACCUCGCGCUGCGACAAUCUCCCCCUUACCCGGCCUCUUCACCGCUUUUUUUUUCCUUGCCUGAAUUAUUAUUGUUGUCAUUUGCGCAUGUCAUGCAUCUCGUCUUUUUGUGGGUUAUUAUGGCCCUCGGCCUAGCCUUGGCCCUAGAUUUAUCUUCCCUUUAGAUCGGGCACCCCCUUUCACUGCCCCUUUCCGGCGAUGGAUCCCCUUGCCGCGUCGGAAAUCCCUUGACCAACACUCGCAUGACGAUCCAAGCCCUCCUCCCAGCCAUACCUGAUGACGGGCUUUUCCCCCAGACGAUGACUAGGCCCUUCGUAUGUCGCCAGUGCCUAGUCCGUCUCGCGCAAUUUCGCGUUAGGCGAUCCAAGACCGAAACCUCGCACUUGCACACCCAAGCUGCGCCAUCAUCACCAGCGCCACCAAUGUGGGAUAUAGCGGGAGAGCUCAGACAGGAGAAGGCGGUCCAAGUCUGGGAAGAAUCUACCGACGACCACAGAAAUCACGUACCGAAACCUCUUCAUUCCACCGCAAACGCGAAGCCGACUAUUAAGUGGCAGGGAAAACUAAAGAAGUACGUUCCUGAAAACCGGCCAGACGUAGGUCGGCUACUACGUGAACCACCAGCUGAGAGUCAGUACAUCCUAAAAUCGAAAAUCAUGCGAGCACUCGGGAGUCAUUGGGUCGUCUCCAAGGACCUGAUGUAUAUGUAUGGUCUGUCGUAUGAGGAAGCCCGCCAUGCAGUCAGCCAGCUGAAGAAGUUGCUUUGGGGGCGUUCUGCUUUCGAAGGCGGACAACGGCUCGACCUAUAUCUCUUUUGGAAAGACCGCUUCAAGAACUUGUUACCCAAUAACUCGCCCUCCGUGGCCCAAGGUGGCGCUGCCUCCCCCCAGGUCGGGCCGUGGAGUUCUCUCGACAGGAAAGAUUUAGAUACGAUUCAGGCCGCGUGGCACCGGGUAGCCCAGGAGAGGCGUGAGUUCCUGUGGCCGCAGAUGAUAUUAUCUGCGUUCCGCUCAAAUCCCGGCAUCGUACCCGGCUUUAUCCAGGUCACCUUCGAAUCGUCGUGGUGUCCAAGCUAUGUCGUCGAGGAUUCUGUAUACCUUCUUUUUCGAGCUCUAGACGCUCUCCAAGCCAGCCACGAUAGCCACAUGGAAGUUGCCGAACUCGUUGUAUUUCUCCUAAAGACGUGCCCGCCGAGGUACCUCUCCCUAGAGCAAAUGGUGAUCCAAAAGGUCCUGUCCUUAAUACCUACCUCGAGUGCAAGUGGCCUCUAUCAGACCUUGAAAAAGGUUGAACACCCGCUUCAGAUGAGCACACUUCUGCAUUUCGCAAGUCGAUUCGCUCGCGAGGCGAAGUACAAACAGCUGGCUGCAGAGAUUAUUUACUUUCUCUCGAGCAAGCCCCAGUUCGAUAUCAACUCGCCGGCGGCUGCCAGUGUCUGUACUACCCUUCUCACGGUAGAGAAGAACGGCGCCUUACCGCAAGGCCACACGGAUCCAGAUGUAUUGCUCAAACUACUCCUGGAUGCCGGCUUUCGUCCAAAUCUCCUGAGUCUCUCCGCACUCAUGCGGAACUUCUGCAUUCGGGGACAUCUCGACACCGCGUGGAAGAUAUUUGAAGUGCUAACGCAACAUAACAUUACGCCGGAUCCUUACGUCUUUUCGAUACUUCUCGAUGGUUCGAAACACAAUAUGGAUAUCGAGUCUCUCGAGCGUGUCAUCGAUCUAAUUGAGCCGUCCGGGGAGUGGACUCCGGUCCUACUGAACGAUCUUCUUGACUUCUUAUACGAAGAGACCGAGUACGAAGGAGACAGGAGGCGAAGACAGUUGCAGACAACCCGAGCAAGGACAUUUAGAGCCAUGAUAAAGCUCUAUGCGAAAUUCUUUGUUCUCGCCCCUUUACAAAGAUUAUUUGCGUUCCCGUUGGAACAUCUAGUCGUUUCAGAGUCCAUCUCACCGUACAAGGCGGCGAGGGCAGUUGCUCCUUUGCGACCCCGGCCGGAAGUCCAACUUAUGCAGCCGGACAGUAUCACUUUGGGAUUGAUGCUGAGGGCCCAUAUCCGGAGUAUUCGGACCACGGAAAAUUUGAGCCGCGCCUACAAUUACUUUCUAGGACUCCUACACACUCGUGAUCGGGUCGUGCUCAAAGUCAUCAAGGACCAAGGGACCGUGUUCCAUGACGCUUUCUUGCACUGCUUUUUGCAAUUCUCACCGACAUUCGACCAUGCCAUCCAGAUGGUCGAGAACAUGAUCGUAGAUCACGAGCGGGAGCAGCAGGAGCUUGGCUUAAACGAGCUUCACCCUGCGCCAUCGAUCUACACCUACACGAUCUUGAUGAACGGCUUUCGAAAGCACGGGAACCCCCGAGGUGUCAUCUCCACUCUGAACAUGAUGGUGAACGAUGCCGGUAUCAACCCCAACCUCGUAGCCUGGAACACAGUCAUCGCGACGCUUCUAGGCAGCGGGUACAUAGUGGACGCGGUCAGCGUCACUCAGCACAUGAAGCAGGCCGGUUUCCAGUGGAACGCGCACACGAUACAAGCCUUCAACGGACUGAGCCGUAUGGAGCGGGUGCGGGUCUCGGAGAUGCUGGAAAAGGCGCGUGGCAAGCCCGAAGACCUAAGCGACCAGGCCUUGGUGACAAGGCUGCUGCAGAACAUGUGGGCCCGGAGUUUGCGUCGCAACAUAUCGUAUAAGUAUCAGCGCAUUCCGGGAGAUGGCACAGGCAACAGAGACCGCAGCCAGCUCACUAUUAAUACAGGCUCUGCUGAUCCUCGAUGAUGGUCUAGACGGUUGGACAAACAGACCGGGCUACCCCUUACCGACGGGGUAGGCCGCUUGUCUAGCAGCGAGCAAGGCCAACUGAGAGCGCCAGUAUACUCGCGACAUUCCUAUUGUACAAAUUACACGUACAUACAUCGCAUGUAACCUCCGUACCUCAUAUCCGACUACGCCUGUAGCCUGCAUUUAAACUGUAUACAUGUGCACACUGCUAGCUUUGCCAGUCCAAACUAUGCGGCUGCACGCGGCCUUUGUUUUGUAUAUAUAAUCUAUCGAAAUCAAGUCAAAACCUAGACCUCUUCUGCUCGAGGAACUAUAUAUUAGUUAGGGUACGAGUUUGGUACGGUUUCGCCCAGCAGGUUUGGGAGGAAUGAAUGUCUCUUGAAAGGAUCCCGGCCUGAUAGUAGCGGUAUCUGCCGUCCUGCGAGAAGGGUAUAGUCUAAACACACUCCACAUAAGGCAUACGUAUUAGGACAGAUCAGUAGGUUACUUAACGAAGGAUAGGUUCGAUUCCUAACAGCGCUACUUGGUAGUCUGUUGGCUGAACACACCUGCGCCGACGGCCCAUACC